AUGUACAGUGCCUUUGACAUCAAUUUGUUAAAGAAGAGGAAGCAAAAGGUAGAAUAUAUUAAGGUCAAUUUCGCUUUUGAGACAAUCGAGAAUAGUAAAGGUGGUGAAUAUGGUAACAGAGGAGACAAAAGGAACUUGUUCGAAAAUCGAUAUCUAGUGAGGGCGCCAUAUAGCCAGCAUGGUUCCGCCAAAAACCGAAGCAGCAGGAAGGACUGGAUCGAUAGUAUGAAUGAAGAAAGUGCGUUUAAGUGUCAAGAGAGUGAAACCGAAAGACACAGGGCGGGUUUGGGAAGGCCAGAGGGAUCUAUAAUGCAAGCGGGGUUAACAAAGGAUUUUUUAGUAUAUGAAACAGAACAAAAUAUGAUGACCACCGUGAGAGAAGACAGAAAGAUGGAGCGGACAAACGAUGUUAAAGUACGCCGGGAACAAGCACAUUCAAUGGUGGUCGUACUUCGACGGUUGGGCGGCAUGUUACAGGAAGUAAUUGGCGGAAAGGACGUUGAGCAAGCAAACCAAUAUUGUAGUAUAAAGUCAAUUACAUUUUUUUAUUGCUUCAAUUUUCGUUUUAUUGGAACUCAAUUUGCGUUAUUGUGCGACCCAAGCUUAGUUUCUGUCAUGUUCAAAUUACGCUUUUGUCAUGGGGAAUGGAACAAUAUCCUGGUUGAGCAGUUUUGCACAUUCGAAGACUGGAACUAG